CUCGUGUGGGGGACUUUUAAGACUUUACACGCACCCAUCUCAACGACAUCGCUCACUUAAAGUCAUCAGAGAGAGAGUGAAGGAAAUAAAGGAAUAACGGAGACGAGGCAAUUCAUCAGCACACCGCAAGCUAUUCGGGGGUGUGACUACAGUCAUUGGGGUCUAUAUAUUGAGAUGUUUUGUCCGCUGUCUUUAUGUGAAUGAGAGCGAAGCUGCCCAGUGAAAAGUCCCUACAGCAGGACAGCGCGCCUCCUCUCUUCAUACGCUCUCACACAGCACCAUGGAUUCCUAUUUUUGCGCACUUUGCAUGACUUUUGUCCUGGCAUCGUUCACCCGGAGGUCAGGUGCGUUCGGACCUGUUAUCAGAUGCGAACCAUGUGAUGCUGCUGCACGGCUUUUGUGCAAACCUUUACCCAAGGACUGCGCCGAGAAGGUCCGCGAACCGGGCUGCGGCUGCUGCAUGACUUGCGCGCUGAGCUUCGGCCAACCGUGCGGAGUGUACACCAUGAGAUGUGGCUCCGGGCUGACUUGUCAACAUCAGCCCGGUGAAACGAGACCUCUGCAGGCUCUGCUGGAGGGACGGGGGAUUUGUGCAAACGCUACUAACAAGCGACAAACUGACAGACCAACACUGCCAGUCAAUGAGCUACCAGCAGAGAACGCUGAGACUCAGAAUGAGGAGCGUAAUUCCACCGACUCGGGUCUUCAGACCACUUACAGCACCCACAGACCUACUGGACCGCUUAAGCCUCCACUUCACCCCUUCAUCCCUUCUGCUAAGUCAGAAAUCCUGAGGCGGGAGCAGCACAGAAGAACCCAGAUCUUUAAAACGGGGGAGAUACCAGGACCACUCAUGACAGACCAACAAAACUUCUCUCUAGAGACCAAGCGGGAGCCUGAGUAUGGUCCCUGUCGAAGAGAGAUUGAGAGCAUUCUCAGCAACCUCAAGAUUACCAACAUUCUCAACCCCAGAGGUUUUCGCAUACCAAACUGUGACAAGAAGGGUUUCUAUAAGAAAAAGCAGUGCCGUCCUUCCAAAGGCAGAAAGCGAGGCUACUGUUGGUGUGUGGACAAAUAUGGGCAGCCUCUGCCAGGUUUUGAUAGAAGGGAGCAAGGCGACGCCCAGUACUACCACUCUGACAGCCAAUAGGAGCAGAGCAGGACUGGAGGGAGGUAGGUUGGGAUUGAACGAGAAGAACUGUAAACAAAUGGAGAAACUGAGGAUAUUGGAGGAGCAGUCCAGAGAUGGCUCAGCUGAUAUAUGAAUGUUUGCUAUUUCUAUCUGUUGCCUGUGGGACCUUUUUCUGAGGCACGGCACAGAGGACAGCGGAAGAGUACCAGGCGGAAAAAGCCUGUAGCCUCUGUACAUGGAUGGAUCCUUCAUAACCUGUUUCUCUGACUCACCCCAGACACCUUCUGGAAUAAUUACACUUAAAGAGAAUAUCUCAGAGGCCUUAUUCUGAUUAUAAAGCACAAAAACAUGUCACAAACCGUCAUAAGAGAGCUCUUCAUUUACGCACAAUUAAAUGGCAUUGCAUAUGUGUAAAUGCUUGUGAUGUGUAAUCAUUAUUUGGAUGCUUGUGAUUUGUUGUGUUUGGU